CACUCACUCAUACAGAGAAAGGUUGUCGGUUGUGGUGGUUGAAAUUUCAAUUCGCUCUCGCGGAGUUUUAUGAAGCUGCUCUUGAAAGUGUUGUUUACCCAGAAAACGGACGAUUUAAAUGAAGAAUAAAAUAUGAAAAAUAAAUAGAAGUAAAGUGAAAGCCAUUAGUUCUGAAAUACGGUUAAUAUAAUAAAGAAAUUCUCAGCGCAAGUUGGUGGACUCCUCGAUUCUCGUCGCGAGUGCCUUUUUCGUGCGAGAUUCCUUCGUGCUUGAUACGGUUUUGGUUUACAUACGUAUGUACAUACAUAUGUAUAUACAUAUAUAAACACAUUUUUACAAAUCCAGUUCUCGUUUUGUUGUGUAUGGAUGUAUGAGUGAGCAUACAUAUACAUAUCUCGAAGUGGCAAUCAUCAAAUGCACGUAGCUUCCAAACAAAAGAAAAAAUGUAUAUUUUGGAAAGAUAACAAGUAAAAAGAAUCAAGGAGGAUUCAAAAGCCGCUAAAUUUAACAAGAACCCAAUAUGGAAUUCAAACCGGAGCCCCUUCUUUCAAGUUGAUCCUUAAAAUAAUUUUAGAAACAAAAAAAGAUUUAUAUAAGUCUGAUGUAAAAUACGGUAGCAAUACCAAUUGAUCUCCUCAAACUUUUAACUAAAAAAUUAGCAAUUAAAAGUUUAAUCAUUAAGCGCAAAACAAUAUAACCAUCCUUAAAAAUGGAAUUCAUCAUAAAAAUGCACUGCCUAUUGUGGAUUGCAUAUUCGAUUUGUGUUUUUCUGAUGGCGCCACGGGCUUAUGCUGCAGCUGGAUCUCAAGGUGUGCCUACAUGGAUGUGUCUGGGGCUAAGAUCGCCUUUUAUUGAAUUCGGAAGUCAAGACGAACAGCUGGCUAAUACAAGUAUUCCUCUUAAUAUCACUAAAGAUGAACAAGCAUAUAUGCACCAAGAGGGCCUACGUAAGCUUGGAACUUUUAUAAAACCUGUAGAUUUGCGAGACUCUCAGACUGGAUUUGUAAAAACAGAUCUCACUAAAAGACUGACAAACGAUCCGCAAAGAUCUCGACGCAUACAUCCAAUACAGGAAGAAAUGGAUCAAAAACAAAUUGUACUUCUUGACGAUGAUACCGAUGAAAACGGUCUGCCCGCUAGCCUAACUGAUGAGGACCGCAAGUUUAUAGUACCAAUGGCACUAAAGAAUGCAUCACCUGAUCCUGGGUGGCUUGAUUCUGCCUCUUCCAGUCCCCAAGUUGUAAAAUCUACAUUCGAAGCAGCUUCUGAUACACAACGUCGAGCCACGCCAAUAGCACACAGCAGUAAAACGCCGAAACUAGAAGUAGACCCCGCGUCCAAUAUAGACGAUUUAAAGAAGCAUAUAUUGUUCUUGCACAAUAUGACUAAAACAAAUACAAACUUUGAAUCGAAGUUUGUUAAAUUCCCAAGCUUGCAAAAAGACAAAGCAAAGCAGGCCGCUGGUUCACCAACGAACGUGAAACGCCCGCCUAGACCAGUAUUCCAAUAUGCUGCUCCGAUAGCUCCGCCGACACGCCAAGUUCCGCAGGGCGCACAUACUCCAGGUCAGCAGCCGUUUGGUGGUUACUACCAUAACGAUGAAGAUAUAAACAGUUUGUCGUCUUUUCUAAAACCAGUUUCUGAUACCAAUGCUUCUGCUCAAAACGAUGGGGACCGAAAGAUGGAAAAAAUGCACAAUCCUCCAGUACAUUUAUUGAAUGAGAUUCAGUCAACGACUUGGUCGACCACUGAAGAGAUAGUGCCCACUAUAGUGAGCUCAGGGAAUUUGCAACCCGCACGCACAACGAAGCGACCUGCUUGUCUUCGUAAUCCAGAAUCGCCAAAAUGUGUUCGUCAGAGGCGACGCGAAGAGCAACAACGCCAGCGUGAGCGUGAUGAGUGGUUUAGAGGUCAAUCAGAAUACAUACAACCUCGAUUUCAACCUAUCAUCCAAACAAUCAAUAAUACCAGGCGUUUCGCCGUUUCUAUUGAGAUACCGGACUCUUUUAGAGUACUUACCGCUUUGAAUUCCCCCUCCGACGAAAUAAAGGAGGAACAACAGAAUCGUAUGAAGCGUUCCCAGCCACGUGGUCAUAAACCCCUAAAAGAUUUGAUUGAAGGCUCUGUGGAAAAGACUUUAGAUAAGCUGGCUCAUGAAACUGAUUAUUUCGAUCGGGAUAUUGUGAUGACGUCUGCAGAUGUCACGAGUGGACACGAUUUUGUGAUCGCUAAGAUGACCGAAAACGGAUCAGUAUCGCCUAAUGAACCGUACAAUGAGACAACAUCAAGACUUAAUGCGUACUCUGAAAAAGUAGACCUAAAUCCAAAUAAUUGUUAUAAAAUCAAUGGCUUAAGCUACGGGCAAAGAAAACAAUGUGUGAAGCAUACUAGUGUUAUGCCAGCGAUUAGCCGUGGUGCUCGUGCAGCUAUUCAAGAGUGCCAAUUUCAAUUUAAAAGCCGCCGCUGGAACUGCAGUACAACUGACGACGAAACAGUUUUUGGUCCUAUGACAAUUUUGGCGGCACCAGAAAUGGCAUUUAUUCAUGCACUUGCAGCAGCAACAGUGACUAGCUUUAUAGCACGUGCGUGUCGAGAUGGCCAGUUAGCGUCAUGUGGCUGCUCGCGUGGGAAUCGGCCUAAACAGCUUAAUGACGAUUGGACAUGGGGAGGUUGUGGUGACAAUCUGGAGUACGCUUAUAAAUUUGCUACCGAUUUCAUUGAUGUGCGGGAAAAAGAGGCUCACCGUGAAACUCGCGGCGUUCGCAAACGGGCUCGGGAAUUUACACAGAGCCAAAUGCAGAGGACACAAAUGCAGGCUGACGAUAUCAAAACCUUUGGAACGUCAACAUUAAAAAUGUCAAAUUUAACGAGUUUGAUUGAUGCAAAAAAUGGCACUGUCGAGAACGUGUCAAGAGAACUCAGGAAAAAGCCGAGUGGAAAAAAUAAUUCUUUUCGUAACGAACUUGUGGUAACAGCAACUCCAUUAAAACUUAAAAAAAAAGAGGAUAGUGGACUAGGACUACCAGACGACCUAUUCGAGCUUCAGCAACGUAUUACAAAAGAAAUACUCAAUUCGAAACUAGAGGGAAGGGAAAUGCUGGUAUUGCAGGAAAAAAUUAAUCGGGAGAUAUUAAACUCGAAAAUUUUUCAAGCAGACGAUAAAAGCAAUCGACGUAAACGGAAGCGGAAAAAUCAACGGGCUGUAGUCGAAGACGCGCCUAGUGCAGGUAACAUUGACAGAGGAAAUUAUGUGGAUGGAGUGGAUACACGAACCACAACAACCACCAAGGCUCGAAGCCUAAUGAAUUUACAUAACAAUGAAGCAGGUCGUCGGGCCGUCAUUAAAAAAACUCGAAUUACUUGCAAGUGUCAUGGAGUCUCUGGAUCAUGCAGUUUAAUUACUUGCUGGCAGCAAUUAUCAUCUAUAAGAGAAAUUGGUGAUUAUCUUCGUGAGAAAUUCGAAGAGGCAACUAAAGUGAAACUUAAUAAACGAGGACGCCUUCAGGUUAAAGAUUCGCAGUUUAAAGUACCCACAGCACAUGACCUUAUUUACAUAGAUGAAAGUCCCGACUGGUGUCGCAACAAUUAUAUUCUGCAUUGGCCUGGUACGCAUGGUCGAGUUUGUCAAAAGAGCUCAUCGGGUCUUGAUAGCUGUGCUAUUCUUUGCUGCGGUCGAGGCUAUAAUACCAAAAAUAUUGUGGUUCACGAACGGUGUAAUUGCAAGUUCCAUUGGUGCUGCCAGGUCAAAUGCGAAGUUUGUACAAAGGUACUGGAAGAGCACACAUGUAAAUAGAAUUUUUAAGAAACAGAAUAAAACUAUCCAAUUGUUCACGACAUAGCCAUUAUAAAUUUAAUGCAUAUUUCCGUAAAUUAUUUAUUGAAAUUCAGAAGUUACAAAAUCAGGCAUUCUGCUAGGCUUCCUGGUAAUUGUUUUUUAACAAUAAAACAGGCUACUUAAUCAUUAUAUUUUCAUUCCUACGAAAUGACUAUAGAGAUAAGUAAGACUAUUUAACAAUAUUUAAAAUUAAUGGUUGCUUAAUUUAAUAUUAAUAUUCAUUAUUCACGACUUGGAACACAAUAUUAACUUGCUCCGGCAACAGAAACAGCAAUUAAUCAUGUAUGUAACUACUUUGUGAAAACACUAUUUAUUCGUAAUAAUUUGUAUUCAGCGUAAAAUAGCUUCGAUGUUCAAUACUUCUAGGGUUUUAGUAAGUUUAAUUCGUAAAACGAGUGUAUUAAAAAGUCAGAAGAAUUGCCACUGAUUUUAAAAUAUACAAAUUGAUGAGUGUGACGAGUAGCUAAUAAUUCGAUUUUAGCGCUAGAAUAAGUUUAAUUAGAUCUAAGUAGAUGCAAUGAUCAACCUAUGCUCUAAACGUAAUUUACUUUUGUAAGUAUACAUAUGUAUGUACAUAUGUAUAUGUAUAUGAUUUAGCAUGAAUUGUGUGUCUUCCAACGUGUGGGAG